UGUCAUUCUUUAACGAAUUCGAUGACAAAAUAGUUCAAGAGAACCAGACUCUCCACCGCCUCCUUUUUAUGAAGUAUUGACACAAACAAGUGAAAAUGGUGGAUCGUUUGGUUAAUAGCGAGGCGAACGAGAAGCGAAUAAGCCAUGUACAGGCUUGCUUUGGUAGCUCAGGCCAGACGCUUAUCGCUCCAGGGCGUGUUCUGGUCGGGGAGGGAGUUCUCACCAAGCUAUGUAGGAAGAGGCCCAAGCCGCGGCAGUUUUUCCUCUUCAACGAUCUCCUGGUCUACGGCAGCGUUGUAAUGAAUAAGAAGAAAUAUAGCACCCAGCACAUCCUACCCCUCGAAGACGUCAGGCUAAAAUCAGUUGAAGAUGACGGCAAUCUCAGAAACGGUUGGCAAAUCAUCAGUGCUACCAAAUCCUUCACGGUGUACGCUGCCACGGCGACAGAGAAAUCAGAGUGGAUGGCUCACAUCAACAAGUGUAUUUCCGACCUACUUGCCAAGAGUGGAAAGAAACCUGCAACCGAGUUGAGCCCAGUCUGGGUUCCAGACUCCGAGGCACCGCUCUGCAUGCUUUGUAAAAAAUCCAAAUUCACCGCGCUCAAUCGGCGGCAUCACUGUAGGAAGUGCGGCAAGGUCGUCUGCGGACCCUGCUCAGCCAAGAAGUUUCUCCUGCCCCAGCAAUCGGUCAAGCCCCAAAGGGUCUGCAACGACUGCUACGAACAGCUGUCCUCGGGACAGAUGAGUGCCCAGGGCAAGAACCCAGCUGAAGGUAAACGUCAAGGAAACAGCUUAAAUUACGGCCCUAACGAUGAUUCCUCGGGCGACGAGUCUACCGACGAUGAUGAAGAUGAUGCACCUGUUGACAUGGCACCUGUGGAAGACGAGCAUCCAACGUUCUACGAGGGAAACUACAAGUAGUCGAUUCGUUAACGUUAUAUUCACAGGGGCGCCCUCUGUUGUCCAACAUCCUCAAGGUUUUGGUGGCCACAAGCGUCAUGCCUGCUGUCGAUUCCAUGUACAAUUAUUAAAUAUUUUACUUGGAGAAUAUGCAUGAGUUAGGUUUGGAACGAAAUACUUUUACAAAAUAACUCCGUUUUUAAAGGGGGGGGGGGGUUUAUUUGUUUUCUUUUUUUGCGGGCGUUGGUUUUUUUGUUGAAUUUUUUUUGGGUGGGGGUUGCAUAGCACAGCAUGGCAAAUUUUGUGCAAACAAUUGCAAAAAUCACCAUAGUUAGACACAUGCUUGGGUAGAACCCUUCAAAUGUUCAGAAUAUCACUUAAACUGGGAAUAUUUUUAAACACGGUCAGGGCGAUAUCUAUAUAUAUAUAUUUACAUACUGUAUACUCUAUGUUCCCAUAGUUCAUAUGUCAUGACAUUUUUUAUAAUCCAGGCAUGCAACUGGAAAUUUAGAAGGAAAAAAAAACGAGGAAAUUCCAAACCACACAAGACUUUGUACAUUGUUUUUCAAUUUGUAAUGGCAUUCAUAAGAAGUUAAAAAACGGAGAAAUCAGCAGAUUCGAGGAAAAGUUGCAUGCCUGAUAAUCCAAUCAGAAAAGAAUAGGCUUUUUUUUGGUUAAAAUUUUUUCUUAUUGUUAGGCCAAAAAAAAAAAAGUCUCCGGUUUCU